CGCUCGGCUCGGUUCGGCCGCGCUCGGCUCGGUUCGGCCGCGCUCGGCUCGGUUCGGCCGCGCUCGGCUCGGUUCGGCCGCGCUCGGCUCGGUUCGGCUGCGCUCACUGCGCUCCGCCCUCAGCCUCGGCCCCGUGUGAGGCGAGGGCGCGGCGGGGCCGGUGAAGGGGUGGGGUGGGUGUCCGUGGGGAGGUGCGUGUCCUCUGUCGGAGCUCCGGCGGCACCGGGGUUGUUCGGAGGCCCCUCAGGCCGCCCCCGUCGCUGGGGAGGCGGCGGAAUCAUCAUCAUCACCAUCACCAUCAUCAUCUCCCGUCUGGCAGCCCCGGCGUUGCCCCAGCGUCCUGGCAUUCAGGGAAGGAGAGCGGGAGGAUGUCGCUGAAGCCGUUCACCUACCCACUGCCCGAAACAAGGUUCCUUCACGCUGGCAGGCUCGUGUACAAAUUUAAAAUCCGCUAUGGCAACUUUAGCAGUGCUCCUGAUCUCAGUCUUGCUGAAAGUGCUGCCAAGGAGUCAGAGGAAGUGAUUCGAGUAAUCCUUGGAAAUCUUGAUGACUUACACCCAUUUUCUACAGACCACUUCACUGUGUUUCCGUAUUUGAGUAAAUGGGAGAGAGUAUCGAAGAUGAAAUUCAAACAUGAGAAUGUCCAUCUUGUGCCUUAUCCCUACAUUUGCACAUUGUAUCUGGAAUUGAACUCAUUUCAGCAAAAUACGUCUUGUGGUAAAGAAGUAAACAGAGGCAGUGAUGAGCUUGUCAGGAGAAGAAAUGACAUAUCAGAGAGUACUGCAGUGGAAGGAGCAGUGAAGAGGAGGAGAGUGGAAGUUGGAGCAGAGAAUUCAUGCCCACAAUUCCGUAUGGACAGAACUGGAGCUGAUUGUGCUCAUCAGAUGAGUAAAGCAGAGCAUGGAUUUGAAAAGAGCUCUUCCAAAGCAAAUGAGUGCAAGUUUAGCCCAGCAUCCCUUACUAAAGACUGGAAACGUGUGGAAUCUGCCCUUGAACAAGGAGCAGCAGCCAGUCAGGCUGAGGGUGCAGUGCAGCUGCUGCAGCAAAUGGACCAAACAGGAAAGAAAGGAAAUGUGAAGUCGGAAGGAAGAAGUCUCUCAGGGUUCUGGAGAAGCAUCAUCUUUUCGCCACUACAGCACCUUUUUGGUGGAAAGAACUGACCUGGUAGUACUGAUUGUUGUGGAAAGGUAAAUUUGCAGCAUGAUUGUUGGGUUGUGUUGUUUCUUCUGUAAUUCAGUUUUUCACGUUGCUUCUCUCAGCUGUUAAAAUCCUUAAAUUAAAUUCUACUUUGUUUCCAUUUUCAUAGUAACAUUCAGAAGAUGCUGGGUUAGAAUGUCUGUUUCUUCACAACUUAGAGCUUUUGGAAAUAAAGUAGUAAAAAACUUUUGAGGUUUUGAUCCUUAAGCGUCAUAACUUGUGAAUUUAACAUUUCUGUGAGAUUCUAAUAAAGCAAGCAUCGGCUUGGAA